AUGUUAUCGAUCCCUCGACUACAUCAACAGCAACUUCAGCUCCAACAACAACUACAACACAACUCUCCCAACUCUCAGCAGCACCAGCAGUUUCCCUACUCUCAGAACUGCCAUACCGAAUUCAACUCUGUUACCUACUCUGACCUUCCUCGAUCGACUUACGAAGACGAGAUCACUGCUUUGAGUCAACAACUUCCCACCGACCUCAUGCAGCCCGAAGCGUGGGGAGCACUCGCCCAACAGACUCACAGGUUACCUCGUGGGACUCAUCAGCGCGAGUCUUCUCUGUCAUCUCUAGGGUCUUCAACAGCUGGGCCUGCCUCGCCCUUCAACCACAACACAUCGAACCCACACAUUGCAAUCACCGACGCAAACGACCAGAGCAAUCCCUCAUAUUAUCACCUGGCCAAGUCGAUGGCUUCUUAUGCUGGAUACCAGACUUGCGGAGGCUUGGAGCAGAAUGCUAUGCCUGACAUGGCCUAUCCGAUCACUCUGUCAGGACCAAGCAGCAAGCCAAGGAUGGAUCGGACUUUGAUGCAAGCUCCUGACUUCUCUGGUGGCUCAUCACGAUCACACCCCGCCUCAGUGGCGAGUUCCAUAGCGGGUGACUCACCUGCUACUCCUACAGUUGGCGAAGCAGAUAACUCGGAGAGAAGGCGAAAAGGUAAUGUCCUCGAUGACGGCCUCAUAUCCAUGAACAUAAGCUCACAUUCUUAUUACCCAGGUUUUGCCAAUGCUCCAAAACUUGACAGAACCAUGACAGACAUUUAUGCGGACGAACUCUACAGCCCCAACUUUGCCAUCACAUCAACCCCUCCCUCGCAAACUCAGGUGGCUUUAUCACCUACAAACGAUGUCUUCAGUCAGCGACUCAACGCCGCCAACAACCAGCAUCUAAGUGCUGCUCAAUCGCCAGUCUCUAGCAACUCGCGAGAUAGGUCGCCCUUCAGAACUGGCUCGCCUCUCGCCCCUUCUCCUGCCCAUGAGUUUGGCAACCAUGGACUUCCACAGAACUUGACAUUCAACAGUGCACAGCGCAUACGCGAGCAGAAUAAGGCACAUCAAGAUGCUCAGGUCAUGCGUCAACAGAUGAGCAUGAAGCAGGAGCCCGAGACCCCGAAGACCAUUUCUCCAAAGGAUGCGAUUCUUGAGUUCAACGAGUCUGAGGGUGACAACAAUUUCCCUCUGUUUCCUCAGAGCUCUUCGGGCUUCGAUCUGGACCAGUUCCCAAAGUCUAUGGUUAGCUCUCAGGAAUCUAUGCACGACACCCACAGCCAAAAUCACUUCAACUUCCUAUCAUCGCACGCAGCCAAUGGAAUUUCGGUGCCUCAACAAUAUCCGUUUAUUGCACACCCUCGGAUGAACCAUGAGACACCACCUCGCUUGAGCUCCGCUGGAUCGAGCUCGAACGAAUCGCGGAAUGUCACCCCUGCAACCCGCCCCGGCAGCACUGCUGCUGAUGGCGGCACUUACACCUGCACAUACCACGGUUGCACAUUACGAUUUGAAACUCCAGCGCUACUUCAGAAGCACAAGCGGGAAGGCCAUAGGCAGACCCAGAACCUUGGACCUUCACAACCUCGUAAUAUGGGUAUGACAUCUGCACUGUUAAACACACAGGCGGGCCCUCAUCGUUGCGACAGGAUCAACCCGAGCACUGGCAAGCCCUGCAACACUGUCUUCUCUAGGCCAUAUGAUCUCACUCGCCAUGAGGACACCAUCCACAACGCUCGGAAGCAAAAGGUGCGAUGUGAUCUUUGCACUGAGGAGAAGACAUUCAGUCGUGCGGAUGCUCUAACCAGACACUAUCGCGUAUGCCAUCCGGACGUGGAACUUCCAGGCAAGCAUCGUCGAAGAGCCGGUGCAUGA